AUGUUGUCGAUCGACAAUCUCCCCAUUUCCAUCCUCGCCUUGGGUUUUGGGCUCGUGGGCCUUGCUUUACACGUUGCAUGGCGUAGCUUUGAAGAAUACCAGGCACGCAAGGUCAAUGGAUGCGGACCAAUCCCAGCAUAUCCUCAAUGGGACCGCAUAUUUGGCCUGGACCUCGCCUUGAGUCAACUGCGAGCGCUACGAGGCGACUACUUCGUCCCAUGGCUUGCUGCUAUGCACAAAGACCAGCCGAGUACCUUCACUAUCCGAUUCUUGGGAAAACGACAGAUCUUCACGACCGAGACCGAGAACCUCAAGUCCAUGACUGCGAUCAACUGGCAGGACUUCGGGAUCAGUCCAUUGCGGCGCAACACAAAGGCCUUCCACCCAUUUGCUGACAAGGGAGUCAACACGGUCGACGGAGAUGACUGGGUCUUCAGUCGAUUUCUGAUCAAGCCCUUCUUCAACCGCGAUGUAUAUACAAGCACCGAAAGGGUCAGGCCCUUUGUUGAUACUUUCAUGUCUUUACUGCCACCAGAUGGAGAGACUUUCAAUGUUCAGCCCCUGUUACAGCGAUGGUUUCUCGACUUGACUACUGAUUUCAUCCUCGGCGAGCCGAUGGGUGCUCUCACUCAUCCAGCCAAGGCCAAAAUCACUUGGGCUAUGCUUGAUGUAUUACGUGGUAGUCGCCAACGUAUGCAAUUGGUACGUAUCAUCAACUGGAUCAAGUGGGACUGGUGGCUUAAAGCGGUCUACGAAGUACAUGAUUUCGUUGACGGCCACAUCACCGAUGCAUACCGGGAGAUAAAGGAGCGCAACGACCAAAUUGCCGCUGGGAAAGAAGUCGGACCAGAACGCCAGGAUCUUCUCUGGUAUAUGGCAUCCCACGACUCUGACCAUGAGGAUUUGCGGUCCCAGCUGUCUCUACUCCUGGUUCCGAACAACGACACGACGUCCAUCUUCAUCAGCAACGUGAUCUGGCACCUUGCUCGCAACCCCGACGCAUGGCUUCAAUGCCGCCAGGAAGUCAUUGGUCUUGUCGGAAACGACGUCGAAGAAGCCAUUCCGAAACUCACGUUUUCCGCGCUGCGAAGCAUGAAAUUUCUCAACGCUUGUCUCGACGAAACCCUCCGUCUGAACCCGAAUAACGUCACUCAAGUCCGCGUCUGCGUCAAAGACACCACACUCCCUCGAGGAGGUGGCAAAGACGGUGACAUGCCCAUCUUCGUGCGAAAAGGAGACAUGGUACAGGUCACGAAGACUGUGCAGCAACGAAACUACGAGUACUGGGGUGAGGAUGCGGAUCACUUCCGUCCAUCGCGAUUUGUGGGAUUGAAGCCUCUCUGGGAGUUUGUACCCUUUAGCGGAGGACCCAGACGUUGUCCUGCACAGAUGAUGGUUAUGACCGAGGCUGCAUAUAUGCUGGCUCGUUUGGUGUUGCAAUACAGUCGUGUGGAAGCAAGAGAUGCUAACCCAUACAAGGCUAUUAUGCGGAUUGGGCCUAGUAAUAAGACUGGAGUGCUUGUUGCGUUCUACAAGUAG